CAAUCAGAUUGCAAGUGAUUUUCGAACGCAGCGAAUCAAGUUCGAAAGAGCGACGAUUUAAACCGAAGGGCAGGAACAGUGUUACAUCGUGUUCGUUUGAGCGGAAUCAAACAGUUUGUUCAUCGAUUACAGCGACAAGUCUCUGAAAAUAAUGGCUCUCCGUGUUACUAGAAACACUCGCCUGGUCAGCAGCGAGAAUCAGAACGCUCUGCCUGGGAAAGCAGUUGUAGCGAACAAGCCCGCACUGAGACCAAGGGCCGCGCUGGGGGAGAUCGGCAACAACCCGCAGGCACGACCGGCUUUGAGGAAAAAGGAUGCGAAGGCUGCACCCGUUCCAGAGGUCGUAGCCGAGAAGUUGCCUGUGGUUCAACAGCCCAAAAAGGGGUCUCCUAAAGUUCAGAAGAAUGACGUUCAGAUUUUGUCUGCACCCCCCUCUCCUGUUCCCAUGGAGACCUCCGGCUGUGCUUCAGAUGAUCUGUGUCAGGCUUUCUCUGACGUUCUGCUUGAUAUUAAGGAUGUGGAUGCAGAUGAUUAUGAUAAUCCCAUGCUCUGCAGUGAAUAUGUCAAGGAUAUCUAUCAGUAUCUCCGCCAGCUUGAGACUGCGCAAGCUGUUAAGCAAAAAUAUCUGGAAGGGAGGGAGGUUACAGGAAAUAUGCGCGCUAUUCUUAUUGACUGGCUCGUCCAAGUCCAGAUUAAGUUUAGGCUUCUGCAGGAGACCAUGUACAUGACCGUCGCCAUCAUCGAUCGCUUCCUGCAGGAAAAUCUAGUUCCAAAGAAGCAACUGCAGCUUGUUGGUGUAACAGCCAUGUUCAUUGCUUCCAAGUAUGAGGAGAUGUACCCACCAGAGAUUGCAGACUUUGCCUUUGUGACCGACCGUGCCUAUACUACUGCUCAGAUCCGUGAUAUGGAGAUGAAGAUCCUUCGGGUUCUUGACUUCAAUUUUGGAAGACCUCUGCCCCUGCAGUUCCUCAGGAGAGCUUCAAAGAUUGGCGACGUGACAGCUGAACAUCACACAUUGGCAAAGUACUUCCUGGAGCUUACCAUGAUUGACUACGACAUGGUCCACUUUCCUCCUUCCCAAGUGGCUAGUGCAGCUUAUGCCUUGACUCUGAAGGUGUUCAACUGUGGCGAUUGGACCCCUACUCUUCAACAUUACAUGGGCUACACUGAAGAUGCGUUGGUUCCUGUGAUGAGACACAUUGCAAAGAAUGUUGUGAGGGUCAAUGAGGGGCUUUCAAAGCAUCUGGCUGUGAAGAACAAGUACUCAAGUCAGAAGCAGAUGAGAAUUGCUUCAAUUUCUCAUCUUAAGUCAUCCUUGAUCAAAGAGCUGGCCCAGCAAAUCUCUUAGUGUGGGAAUAUUUUGAAAGAUUUAAGCACUAUGUGCUGCCUUGUAAAAAUUGUAACUUAUGCAUGCUUUUACUGUUGCAAGUUUUAAUGUUUGAGAAGUUUAGUUUUUUUUUUUUCCUUCCUGCACUGCCAUGAUAAGAGCAAAAGUGAUCUUUAAUGUCUUUAUGCAACCUUGUACAUUUUUAAUUCAAAUAAACAUUUUAACGUUUUAA